CUUUCACCAACAUAAGUUCUUAAUUAUGGUUAUUCCACUAGGAUGUCAGCGAAUCUGUCAAUUUAUCUACAAUUAUAGAUGCUUGAUAAUAAUUUAUAGCCUGAACAGUUCACAGCAAGCAAGAGCACUAUUUAUGAGAGCUGAACAUACUCAGUUCUUGAGUAAAACAUCUUUUUAUUCUUUUCAAUUGGUUGACAGAUUCACAGACACAAAAUUGCAUUUCCUUUCCGUUGAACGCUUUUUAGCAUCUGUGUUAUAGCUCUCAGAAUCCAAAGAAAUAGAGAGAGAUAAAUGUAGAAUUGCAUCUACACUCCAUCUAGUGAAUAUUUCAUAAAUUAAGAGGAGCUCUGCAGUUGACAAUUUUAUCGAAUUUUGACAGAUUUUUGAAGCUGGACUGAUGCCAGAAGUUCUUUCUGAAAUCAUAAGAUCCCAUUUUGAACAAUUU